GAUGAAGAUCUAUUUCAUGGAAACUUAAAUCUAGAUAAUAUUAUCAUUAUUAAUUAAUCAAGUUAGGUUGGAGUCUAUGUUAUUAAUCCAAUUUACAAAGUAAUAUUUAUGGUUAGCUUAGGUUUACAAAUCUAUUGAUUAUUAUACCCACACUAUUCCUGAUUAUCUUACCGCUCCUGAAAUUAGUGGAACUUAAGCUCCAUCAGUUUCUAGUGAUAUUUACUAAUUGGGGAUCCUUUUAAUGUUGGUCAGCUUUUAAUGUGCGCAAGAAAAACUUGAUGCUUCGUUUGUUAAAAGAGUGUUGGAAAAUAAAUAAAUUUUGGAAUCUUCCUAAGAAGUUAAGUUUUAAAAGUGCCAAGAUUCAGAUUAUCCUCAUCUUUAUAGCGCUUGCUAACUAGAUUUAAUCAAAUAAAUGACUGAGAAGGAUUCAAAUAAAAGAAUUUAAGUUUAAGAUGCAAUGAAACAUGCAUGGUUUAUAAAUACUAAAGAUAAACUCAAAAUACAAAAAUAAUAUUUCAAUAAGUGUUUACCUAGCCUAAAAACAAUUAUAGAAAUGGUCGAAUAAAGUGAAUAAGAUAUUAGAAGAAAAUCUCUGUAAUAAUCAGGGAUUAAUCUUAUCCAUCAAAUGGGAUCAAUUUAAAAAUACGAAUUCAGUCCCUAUAGACAAUUAUAAUCAGAAUUUAGUCCCCUUAGAAAAACAUCAGAAAGUUAAAAUGAAAUUGUAGACGAAGAACAUUAAAUAAGCAAUUUAAUUGAUUAGUUGAAUAAUAAAUAAUAUCUGAUGUUGCCUUCGCAAUAUAAUCAUCUCAAUUAAGCCAAUAAUUAGUUAAGACUCAUCCAAUCUGAAAAUAACUUCGACUAAUUUCAAGUUUGAA